AUGUCCUCCAACGUUCUCGCCGACCGCGACGUCAACGCCUCUGCACAGAAUAAGGUCUUGGAUAUGGAUGCGAAGCCCGAUGUAAAGAGCAUGGAGUAUCAUCGCCAGGUCUUACAGUCUAAACUCGAGGAGAACAAGGCCGAAGCAACCUAUGUCUCGCCUUCAGACAACAUCAUGAGCCCCUGUACAGCCAAGCUCUCUGCCUACCGCAACAAGCAAGUCGGAAAGGCCAAGCCCAGAUCCCUUUUCGCGAAGACCUCUGCCAAAAACCUCUCGGCACCAAACGGCAACGUUUUCGGCUCUGCUGACUUCGCUUCAGCUUCGAGACCCGGUGCAGAAGACCAGAAGAUGGAUGGCCAAUAG